CUCCUCAUUCACUAGAAGAUGGCGGACUGCGCUCCACUAUUAGAUGAGGAACUCUCGUCCUUUGUCUUCAAUUACCUGACAGAAAACACCGGCAGCCAGUAUGGGGAGGAGGAGGUGUGUUCGGACCGCUUGGACACUGACUUCCCGGACAUCGACCUCUCCCAGCUGGACACCAGCGACUUCGACAGCGUCAACUGUCUCAGCGAGCUUCAGUGGUGCAACGAUCAGCCGGCGGACGUGUCGCCGUCCUCCAUCCACCACUACAGUACGGCGGAUGAGCUCUUUGAGAUAGAAGAGGAGAACGCGGCCCUGCUCGCCGCUCUGACCGACAGUUUGGAUGGCAUGGUGGACGCCGAGGUGGGCGGCCUCUCCGUCUUCCCCGCCCUCGGGGUGGAGCCCGACCAGGAAGAGGAAGAGGAGGACACUCUUCCCCUCGGCGCCGAGGACUUCAGCCAGUCCAUGGGGGCCGAGACGGACGACCUAUCUCUACUGAAGAAGCUCCUGCUGACUCCUCCCAACGUGCCCGCGGCCGUCGACGCACACAAAGACCGAGUCCACGGCCAUCGCUAUACCAACAGAAGCUUGCACCUCCGGCCGGCUAGACCCCUGGUCAAGACCGACCUCCGUCAGGAGAGGAAGCCCCGAGCGGUGCGUCCCGCGGGCCGCCUGUGCACCGAGCUCCACCGCCACCUCACCACUGCCCGGGACUCGGGGGACACUCCGGCCCCGGACACGGAGGAGGACGAAGAGGAAGAAGAGGACGAGGACAGCGAGUCGGAGGAGGAUGAAGAGGAGGAAGAAGAAGAAGAAGAGGAGGAGUCUUCCAGCAGCGAGGUGGAGGGCGUGGCGGUCGUGUCCACGGCCCUCGCUGAGCCGGCCAAGCCUCAGUUCAGCUCGGAGAAAGAAAUGCACUCGGUGGUGGAGCUGAUCACGUACAUGCACACCUACUGCCUGCCCACACGCAAGCAGCAGGGCUGGGAGCGGAAGGACCGCGAGGCCGCGAGGCCUCGGGCCAGACCCGAGCCCUCCCGCCCGGCCGCCACAAGCUCUCACAGCAGAGUGGUCUUGGUGGCUACUCCCGGGACUAGCGGAGGCUUAGCUGGGACAGGCGUCCCCAGGAGGCUCCCCUUUGCGAGGCGAAGGGAGAUGAAGGCCAACUCCCUUCUCCGUGAGCUCCUGCAGCAGAGCAGCUCUUUCGACGUGAGCAAGCCUUACAGACUGCACAGCCCUCCCUACUCCCACUCUCACAGCCCCAGCAGAGUCUCCGCUCCCUCUGCCCCGGCCAGGUCAGCCCCGGCCUACUCCACCACCCCAAAGCCAGAGCUGCGUAAAGACUCCUCCUCCCUUGAGAGGAGAAGCCGCUCCUCCGAGGCGGCGCAAAGCCCAGAGGAGACGGAGGAGGGCGGCGGCGGCUCCUUCUCAGUCCGGCGCUCGCGACGCCUCGCCUCCUUUCCCAGCCGCUUCGCCAAGAGGCUGCGGCCUGGACGGGCGAGGGAAGGGGAGAGGAAGGACAGGGAGGAGAGGGAGGAAGGACGAGCAGGGGUCAAACUCCUGCUGACACAAGCGGGAGGGGGGACAAGGACGGAGACGAGGCCGGAGCAGCUGACGCCGAGCGAUGAGCCGACCACACCCUGCUGCCACAACGAGAAGAGAGCCUGCCUCUGUCUGACUCUCACCCCCAAGUCCACAGGAGAGUCCCAGUACAGCACCAAGCCUUUCGAGCAGACGCUCGGCGUGGAUCUGUGCGGAACGGCAGGUCUCACCCCUCCCACCACCCCGCCUCACAAACCGGUGGAGGAUGAGCUCUUCAAACCGGCAGAGGGAGGAAAGGGAAGUGAAGGAACAGGUGGUGGCGACGGCGGAGGUUGCAGCGAGUCGGUUAACUCAGCCUCGAGCACCAGCGCUGCCGCGAAGGCCUCGUCCCGGCUGAUCCGCGUCCCCCACCAGCGGAAGCUGCCGGAGCAGACGGAGCUGUACGCCCAGCUGCGGCGCAUGGGCCAGGCCGGCGACAGCGACACCCACUGCACCUUCGGCGACCACGACUACUGCGCCCUGAGCCUCGGAGAGAGCCGCAAGCGCAGCGCUGCCAUGCUCGGCGCCAUUUUGCAGGCGCAAGUAGGGAGCGACGGCGUCGGCGCCGCCCUCACGCCCAAAGAAGCCGAAGAUCAGGUGUCAGAUGGAAACGGAAAGGAGAACAGGGAAAGGCUGGUGGUGUUAGAAAUCGCAGAACAGCUUGAGCAUCAGAGGACAGUGGUGAUAUCUUCAUCCUCUUCAUCAUCAUCAUCACUGCCGUCACGCUGCAGGUCGGGGGCUGCCACACCACCGGUCUCGGAGGAAGAGGCGGAGCGCUCGUCUGCGUCCCGCUCACCCUCUCCCAUCCUCCACCUGUGUCCCGACUCCCCCGCCAGCAAGACAGACUCCAGUGAGAACUCCGAGAUCUGUCCCGACGACAAGCAGAGGAACAAAGCCAAGUCUGACGAGGACAACUGCCAGGUGUUUUACAUCCACAACCUGCCGACCAGUGUGACCCAGAACAUGCUGAGGAAACGCUUCCAGGUUUUCGGCAAACCCGAGGACUGCAAGGUCAUCAUCUGCAACGAGGAGCGCUGCGGGGUGAUAAAGAUCCGCCAGUCGGGGGGUCAAAAGCACUGGAGAGAACGGGAGACUGUUUUCCAGAACGGGCCUGCAGGCCUCCGGAGGCUGACGAGGAAGCGCUACAUAGACCUCGACGAGGCAGGCCCGGGCCCCGUGAAGAGCAAGUACGAUGCACUGGACUUUGACACUCUGCUGAAGGAGGCCCAGAAGUCCCUGCACCGCUGACUGGCCAGCCUUAGUUCAGUGCAGCAACAACCCUGCGACUACACGGCUCUGCCCUCAAGACAGGCCUCUUAGUACCUCCAUGCAAGGCAACCUCGCAAAAUGUUUACAUUUUUACCAAUGGAAUAAAGUAAUGUCAAGGACCUCGUUGUUUUUUUGUUGUUUGUUUUUUUAGUUUCUUUCACCAGAGGAUACUGCUUAAGAAACGAGGAAGCCACUGGGAGUUAAGAGACGAUGGAGAAAGUGGGACUUUUUAACAGCAAUGGUACAACUACUACAAACGAUAACGAUACAGUUCUUUGCGGAAGCCGUCUGUGUUGGUGAGAUCAUCGCCCGCCCUCGGAGGAGCGGACAUGAGAGACCUCUGUAGCAAAUCCUUGCUAUUCCUGUGUUGCGUUGGUCGUCGUGGUGUGUGUGUGUUUCUGCGCGUGUGUGUGUUCCUUGUUCUGUUUGUUUUGUACAAAAAGAUUAAAAAAACCUCCCUCUCUUUCCGGUUUCAGGUGGUGAACCUUUCAAGCUGUGUUCGCCAUAAAGUUGUGCGGUUGUAAAACCAGGAAGAAAAAAAAAUGACCCCUGCUUUGUUUUAGCGAAAUUGUGGAUGUUAUAAAUUUUAAAAUCUAUUAUGUGUGCGUGUGUGUGUGUGUGUGUGUGUGUUAUGGACAAAGAAUAUAUAAAAAAAUAACAUUUAAUCAUUUGAUGACUGAUAAAGUUUACAAAUCUAAAAUGAAGAUGAAAAAAAAUCAUGUUUUUAUUUUUAUUUUUUGUAAUUGUAGUGCUUCCUUGAUUUGAUCUAUGCACUGUAAGGAGGUCGAUAUCUCCGCCGUCCUCCACUUCCCCUCUUUUGACUCUGAUCUCCAACUCUGCCAUGCUGACUAUUUUGGACCGUGCUACUGGCUGCUGCAGGCUCUGUUUGGUCCGCGUUGUAUACAUUAAGACCCCGACUAGGUCCUGGUUAAAGACUACACCUCAAAAUCCACCCGAUCUACAGCACUCAAUGGAACAGCACAGACGCCCAUUGAGUUCUUCUAUAAUUCUCUAAAUUCCUACUAUGUGACCAGAUUAUAUAAAAGGGCUUUGAAGUGGGAUGGAAUUUGAAUAAAAAAGAUACCUACCGUCCUGGUUAAAGCAAAUGCAAGGACUGAGCCUAAAGUUAGAGAUAGAAUUAGAGAUGUUUUUGGUCAGAAUCGGCGAUUGUUCGUGCUGCAUCGGUUGAUUCUAGGUAACAUUUUUCCCACAUUCAGAGGGGUCUUGAUGUAUAUUUAAUAGGGUCCCAAGGAACAUGUGUCCAAUAAUGGCCGCAGCCUAAUGACACCCCCGAAUGCCACAGCCAAUGCAACACUUACUGUUUACAUUUGGACUGCAGCAAGCAGGACUAAAAUGGGGAAAUAAAGAUGAUAGCCAUAGACGCUCUUCUACCACACUUUGUUCAUUGCAGAACUCAGUCUGAAUUCAUCACAUCCACACGUUAUCCCAGUCCAAUCUCCUGUCACAUUAAGUCCAUCAUGGAAUUCAACUAUUUCGAUUGUCCGGGAAUCAUGUUUUUCGUGGUGACAGUGCUUCACGCUGUCAUGGGUUUCAAAGUACAAAGGGAAACGGGACCAAUUUGCUCCCCAUACUCCACCCACAGAACAUUGCCAGAAGUAGACGAAUCUGUUGGUUCAGAUGGAAUGUAUUCAAAAGAAUCUGAAUGUAAUCGUUGCGUUUUCCCCCCAUGUCUGCUUGCCCAAAGAUUGUCGUUUUUUUUCUGUGCUGUAAAGGGUAGAGUUGCUUAGUCGCUGGUUGACUGCAUGCGAUAAAUUCUGGCUUGUUGUGCAGUUCGAGGUAGCGCCUGAUUAACAUUCCUGAUGCAGCCAGUAGCAACCGCCGUGAACAAAGGGAGAGAGAGCUUCCAAACCUGCCAAUACGGUGGCCCCGAACCCUACACAGCCAGGGAACGAGCGAAAGGAACGAAAAGAACAAUCGGCCGAAAAAGGCCCGUUUCUCGUCCGGGAGUUACUGUAUCAGCUGAGCAUCUCUACCUCACAUCCAUCCAUCCCUGUUUCCCCCUGUGUUUGAGUCCAACUCUAAAAAAACGUCCCUCACUUUGUUUUGUUGUCCGUGUGAGGGUUCCCCCAACUGAUGGGUGGUUAUGGGUAGUUUGGGGAUUUUUUUUGAUAUCCAAUGACUCCUCCUACCACUAAGCCCCCUGUGAGGGGAAUAAUCUCUCUCUAACUCUUUACUUCGCUUGCCUCGACGGUUUUAUAGCGUGUCCGUCUCUUGGAGUCUCGACCGUGUGUCUUUGUGUAACUGAGUGUUUCGUCUUUGUCUCGUGUUUGAGUCGGACACUCCUGACGCUUGCAGGUUGGCGAGGAGGGGCUGGGACGGGGUUGAACGGUGGCUUGGUGGCCGGUUGGUCCUCGAGUGUCCUUGGAGGGGAAGAUUCCCCUCAUUUACUUGUUUUUCUUCAGGGACACGCCAUUCCUCCGGAUCCCCCUCUUCCUCCUCUCCUUGCCAAGAAAUUUCAACAAAUCGCAGCCCGUCCUUUUCCUCCAACUCUAUCGCUUUCUGUCGCUUGUGGGUUCAAGGCCUUGUUUCCAGGUCUUCCCAAACCCUGGUAAACUCCCUGCUUUUUAACAGAUAAACCCCCCCCCCCCCCCCAUCCUCUUCCUUGUCCCUACUCUAUCUAAUCAACUCCUUGGUAACACACACAAAAAUUUGAAUGUUUACAUCACUCGAUUCUCCUUUGACUUCAUUAGGAACGCACACUUAGUACAAAGGCGCCUUAUUCAGUGUUUUAAAAGAAAAUUAAGUGAAGCGACCUCGCGUUACUUCUCCAGGCUCACUGAUGUCCAAAACUAACAAAAACAGUUUAGUGCUAUACAUACCGAUAGAGAAACAAGGUGUCAACUUUUUUAAAAGGAGGGAAAAAAAGAAAUUUUAACAAUUAACAUCUCAAACAACUGAAUGAGUAUUUGUGCUUAGUAUGUAUACUACUAAAAAGUGAGAGAAUGUGCUGGUUUACAUAUAUAAAAAAAGGAAAAUAUAAUAUAUGAAUAUAAAAUGUGUAUAUAGCACUAUGCCUCGUUGUAAACAUAAAAUGUAUUAUGUGUUUAUUUUUUUUCAAGUGGCGCGUCAUAGUUGAUUGCUAAUCAGACAGCAGAUGGUCAGGUAGGUUUAUUUCAAAUUAGUCAAUGUUUGUUUCAGUACAGGGAGGAAAUUUAAGGGAAAAAAUUCAGUUGAAAUGACUUCAAGUCCAACACUGUUGUAAAAGAACGACACAAGUAUCCCUUUAGACUAUCGCACUAGAAGGUUAUGUUUAUUUGCCGUUUAUGAAAUGACUAAAUAUUUUUUUAUGGUUUUUUUCUUCGAGCAAUUUGAAAUGCAAUACAUAAUAAUUUUAUCUUGAUGACAUGUCUUUCCGAGAAACUGAGGUAAUAAUGUACAGUGUGUGGUUGGUUGUUCUACAACACGGGCGAUCUUUGAGCUGCAGAUUCAAUAGGCUACUUGUUCUGUACGUAGACUGCUGUUCAACACGACGAAUCAUAAAAACAAACUACAGGAAGAAUGUGGGUAACACGUAUACAAAACAAAUGCUAAUAUACUCUUGCACAAAUAACCUCCCAAGUAGUGAAAUAACUUCACAGUUUUUUCUUUACGUUGAAAGGAAGCCAUUGUAACUAUGUUAUUACCACCUUUUGAUGGUACACAGGUUUGUUCAAAUCUGAGUUGCAUAGAACACUUAGUUUGAUGACCGCUAACAGCCAAUAACUAUACAUGAUUGACUGGUAAAGGAAUGUGGGUGGGAGGGAAAGGAGGACUGAAGCGAGUCGUCAGCUUUCACUCUAGUGGACACAGAUGAGGUAGACGCUGUAGAAAUCCCAGUUCCACUGCUGCCCCUCUAUGUCGUCCCAAAAGGGAAGCAUUUGGAUUAAAUCACUUGCAAUUUAAAAGUAAGUUACAGAACGGUUUUAUGGUCCGAAUAGCUGGAACGCGUAGUUUUGUCUUCGCAAGAUUGUGCCGUACGGAAGCAGGAUAGACGCUAACUAAAGCAUGAAGGCAACCGGAUUCAUCGAUAUAAAGGCCGCGUUAAGACGAAAAGUUAUUUUACCUUGAAGUAGUGCGAGAGAAAGGGUGGAAGUCAAGGGGCGUGACUGGGAUAAGAAACAUGCCUUCAAACUCGUGGAAAGUUUUAUGAUUCGCAAAACAAGUUGUGUAAGUGGCAGAGCUAGCUCUUGUUGAGCCUGUUGCUUUGUGGAGUUCGAGCAUUAUUUCUCCACCUAAUCCAAAAAUCUGACUUCCGCUUAUUUGAGGAAACCUGAAGACGAAGAGCAUGUGGUGGGAUUUCUACAGUGGUGCGUGCCCCCGUUGUUCAAGAGGUGAUUGACAUUGAAACAGCCCCAUGUUCCAUCAUUGCAAGCCUUAAAAUUCAAUCGGGGUGGGAAACUGAGCUACCACUAGCUUUCAAUAUUACCGUUUCAGCUCCUUUCCAAUCCAACGUGGUUUAUUAUUAAAUAAUUACUGACGUAAUUACAACUUUUUUCAAUAGCCAUAUUAUAAUGAAAAGGUAUAUACAUAUAUAUGAAUAUAUAUAUUUGUGUGUUUGUGUAGAUAUCUAGAUUAUUAUAUACUUUCUUAUAGAAAAACUUUGAUGUUGACCAUUCUCCUCAGUGUUUUGAGAACACGUUGACACAUUUCAACAUAAUACUGCUGUCCACUUGGUCUAGGUCCUAGGUCGAUGGACAACAAAUCAAAAAAAAAAAAAAAGGAAAGACAAAGACAAAAAAACAAAAACCAUCCUUCCAAAGGAAGUUACCCGAGUCACGAUGCAAUACCUUUCUUUACAUUCUUCAUUUCAGAAAAAUGGACAAUGGCGAGAAAACCACUAAACUUGAUCGGCAAGUUGACCAAAAAAUAAAACUUCAACAAUAAAGAGCGUGGCUCGUGAAAAAUUCAGUUUUAUAGAUGUUGUUGUUUUCAAUGCCAUGGCCCAUGAAAGAAAAGAAAAAAACACUUCUUUGUUUUUAUGUCACUUACUGUUUUAGUUUUGGAGAACAAUGUAUCCGUCAGCUAGGUACACCAUCCAAUCAGCCCCUACCAGGACAGGAGCGCUUGCAAUACCGGCCUCAGAUUCCUCUUUCAUGUCUGAUCAGCAACAUGAUCACAUUUCAACAUCAACACAGAAACUAAUAGGUAACCUGUCAAACUUGAUAGCAACAGUGAUGUCAAAUAGGCACUCAGUAGGGACUGCAAACUGUCAAACUGCUAAAUGUGAGUGUGGGUGUUUUCCUUGUUUUGGUGGAAGAAGAUGUUUUGACAUAAAGGGCAUACAUUGUUUUUGUUGUUUUUCAUUUCUAUUGAUUUUAUUGUCUCUUUACAUCUAAUGACUAUCAAAUUCACAUCAAUGAUUUUUUUGUUUUUUAACUUAGUUUUUGGUAAAAACAAAAAGGUAAAUACUGCUAGUGAGAUUUUAUAUUUUUACAUAUGUUGGUUUUAUUUUGCGUUUCUUUUUAUUAUUUAUACGCCACUUAGUUUGGAUGUCUUUAAAUGGUGUUUUUCUGUUUUUUUUCUCCGUUUUCUGUGAUUUCACAUGUCUUGAGAAUGUGGGGACAAAAGGCAUUUCAGUAUUUUUGAAUUGCUAAAAUCUAGUUUCAUAGAAGCGGAAGUAUCUGAUGUUAUAAAUUAUAUUUUAACUCAUGUAAAUAGUUUAAAACAGAAGACUAUGGCUUCCUUUUAAACUGAAUACAUUUCUCUUCAGAGAUUGUUUACAUUAUGAAACUGUAGAGAUGUGCUCCUCAUAUACUGUAUAAAGUACAUAUAUUCAUUGAUUUGCCUCAAAAAAAUAAAACCCUAAUGAACAGCU